UGAUUGUCUCUUUCUUUACGGGCACUCUCACUGCAUUUAAGAACAUUUUCACGCCAUGCUAGCAGGCUUCAGUUCGCAGUGAACGUCUCCGAGAUGAAUCGCGACAGUUUAUUGAAUAAGACUUUAAGUCCUCCUCUGUCAUCUCGAGUACCUAUUUCUCAUUCUAAUGGUAUUUCUUACUCUAAUUCUUCGCUUUCCGGAGGUCAGAUGAAUGAGCCAAGCUGGAUACCCUCGAUUCGUGGAUCUACUCACUCGCUGUCUUUCCCGUCAAGAUCUAACAACCUGAUUCCUCCAAGUGUAUUUGAUGGAUUUGAUGACUCGCACCUACUCUCCGCCUCGCAGCUCGAGCCGAUGCCCAAAUAUCUCUCGACGAAGCCAAACAAAGCGUCCGGCUUCACAAGUUUGCACAGCUACCACUCGACUCACGGGCACGACACGAGCACAUAUGAUGCGCACGACAUUCUGGAUCAAAUCUCGGCCUCGCUGCAGCCAACAGUAAGCGAGUCUGCGUUUGAUAAACCGUUUGAAACGCCAUCGCCAGUCACCGCCACGCCUGUGCACUCUUUACACUCAGCUAUCCAUUCCGCUAUUAGCGUGGCGGCCAGUAGCGACGAUGUAAUGAACCCGCGAGAACUAGAGUGGUUUGCAGAACGCUUCAAACAAAGACGAAUCAAGCUCGGCGUUACUCAAGCGGACGUGGGCGCCGCACUAGCACAUUUGAAAAUCCCUGGCGUAGGGUCUUUGAGCCAGUCCACGAUUUGUAGAUUUGAGUCGCUUACACUGAGCCACAAUAACAUGAUGGCGUUAAAACCCGUGUUGACAGCAUGGCUAGAAGAGGCCGAGAAAGCGUACAAAUGUAAGAAUACAACGAGCCAAUUCCUUCCUAAUUCGGAUAAAAAGAGGAAGCGAACAUCGAUUGGUGCGGCCGAGAAGCGCUCGCUAGAGGCCUACUUCGCGAUGAACCCAAGACCUUCAAGCGACAAGAUUGCUUCGAUCGCUGAAAAACUAGACCUUUCAAAAAAUGUCGUGCGGGUAUGGUUCUGUAACCAGCGACAAAAGAAGAAAAGAAUGAAAUUCUCCGUUCAUUGAAGGCUCGAAAAAAAACUGGAGUAAAACUGAAUUGAAUUUCCUGCCGGAAAUCCCAGCAAAAAUCGCUCCAUGGAUCGAUCGACGUAAGCGCAGAUGCAGACACCGAGUGGUCCACAGCAAUUUGGAGUAAAUUACAAAUGGUGAAUUUUAUUUAUAUUAUAAACGAAAAUUUUUGAGUCAAUGAAUGAAGCAAGCCCUGAUUUUUAUUGCUGCUACUAUUAAGCUACAAAAGUUUUAAAAAUAAGAUAGUAGUUCGCGUCUUUCUAAAGAACGAACGCGCUCGGCCUUGAGUGGAAAACGAACUCCGUUGGAAAGCGAUGCCUCUGGGCAUUGCAUUGGAAGACGUUUCGUUAUCUUGACGAAACAUGUCGAGAACAACUUAAGAGCCCGCAGGUAAAUAAUAUUCAGUGUAUACCCUAUUAGCUUAACAACUAAAGCAAGAAAUUCCUAAGCACGAAUCACUUCCGCCAGUAGUAAAAUUAUUCAUAGUUCAUAUUGCCACAAUUUCGUCGAAGUAACGAUAAGAGUUUCGAUUUUAGGCCCGAGGUUUGAUGAUAAUGAGGCCCGAAAUUAUUUCGCCUACACCUGUUUCUUUUUGGCAAAAUCAAUUUCCCCAUUUAUGAAAAGUUGAAUGUAUUACUUGCAAUUUAUGUAAAUUUGGAGGUUCUUUGUGAGGAAAAGCCGUUAAGACGUUAUUAGUUUAGCACAGAGUCAGUGGAACGACGGAAAAUCGUUAAAUUAGGUGAAAACAAAUAUGAAAACGUCCAUCGCUUUUCAAACGGUUUUUCUUCAAAUAGAACCACCACAGACAUCAAUUACGCGCCCGGGUUUGGCUUUGUUCGCCAGUGCAGUCCAAUGAAAUUCAUCCUUUUAAUUGCUUACAAACACUUCAGUAAAGAACUUACUGCUAGAUAGAAAUAAUGGCAUAGGCCCGGAAAGUAUAUGUAUUUAAAUAUAUAUUUUGAAAUUUUAUACGUUGAGGAAACUUUUAUGAAUUAAUCUUUACGAUGUAUAUUUAUUAACGCUGUACAAAUUUUACCGCUAGCACCACAAUUUUAAGUCAUUUUCUGAAUCUCUAUUUCGUUUUUAACUCACUGGUGCUGCGGGAAUGUUGUCGAUGGUUACGUUAUCUGAAAGACCGGAUAAAAAUGAAAACCAGUGUUCUCAAUUUCCAGAUUUGUAAUGAAUUGUGCUUAAAUAGACGAGAAGUUUUAAUAAACUGAAGAGUUCGAGGAAAACA